AGAAUCUCAGUGGCAUUAACGUAAUUUUUCCUUCAAUUUAUCGAACAAACAAACCAUUUCGCAUCAGAGCAACUGAGGAAGAAUGAAAGCUUGCUGUGGAGGAAACCAGCAAAUCUCGAAGGGUCAGUUAUUUUGUCAUCCGUUUGUUCUAUCUUUAAACUCUUUGGUCCAAGGGAAGUAGCCUCUUCAAAGGAUUAGGGUUUCCGCUACUUGAUCUAUCUCUCUCUCUCCGAUCUACUAGUCGUUUACCCAUCAAUUCACCGAGUGCUACAGAUCCGAUGAGUACUUGAAUCUGCAUUUGCCACGUAUUAGAAUUGGGAGCUUAACUUGUCUCUGCUAGAAAUCUUCUCGAAAUUCGAGAUCUCAAUCUUACAGGGCGAGGUCAACCAACAAUCAUCUGUUCCACGAUCUUUGACUUGGACGGCGGUAAGACCACGACGAUACUGCCAAUGCUUUCAAGAGAAAAUUCUAUUAAUAACCUACAUCUAGAUAUCUUCUCAGUCGGUGUUUCUGGUUUCUUUGGGUUUUAAAAACUCAAAAGACAUGUGAGAGAACGGAGGUUAUAUAUUUACAGGGUUUAGAUUCUGGAGUUUCAAGGCUUUGAGUCCAUAUGCAAGCAACUGGUGUAUCCCUCACUAAGCUGGAUGAGAGAAUUUAACUUUUAAGAGGUUGCUGAAUUUAGAUAGAGUGGGGCUUACCUUCUUCAUGUCUUGGGUUAGUAUUGGGAUCUCUGCCUGCUAAAUUCUAGGGUUUCGUUACUUCUGACUUCUGAGAUAUCAGGGCCAGGGGUUUGUUACUACAAACAAGCUAUGUAAUUCUUCGCUUUUGUGGAGAAACAACUGCUCGGCAUUGUUAUUCUGCCUUCCCAAUUCAAGCAGCAGGGCAGUUCGGUCUCAUUUCCUUUUCACUGAGGCUAAAUAUUUGGUUCCUUGCGGUCAGAUGAAGGGAACCUCGUUUGUUUGCUAUUGGAUUCCCGAAAAGGUUUUAAUUGGGUUUCCUGUAUGACGAUACCAUCGAGGUCACUCACAUAGAAAUAAUAGUUUACUUCAGCAAUUUCCUACCGGACUUGAACAUAAUCCAUGUUUUUGCCAUCUAAUGUCGCUGGACAUAGUUUUAGUUUUUCUGUAAGGACCAUGUUCUGAGUUGCGUUUUCACCGCUGUGCCUGAGCAGUAUGUACAUUAUAAAAUUGUUGGGAGAACGAGGGCUUGAUUAUUGCCUAGAAUGGAAAAGUUAGAGUGAGAUUUGUGGAAGACUUGGUUGCUGAAGAUGCCUCCUUCUCCAGCAUUGAGGUUCUCUCCUGGAAGGGAGCUCAGAGCAGAGACUCACAAGAGAGGACGCAGUCUUGAGAGCGGAUUGCUCCUUAGAGAAAAGGAUGAUAACCUUGCUUUGUUCAACGAGAUGCAAGCCAGAGAGAAGGACAAUUUUUUGCUUCAGUCUUCCGAUGAUCUUGAUGACUGCUUCUCAUCAAAAUUGAGAUACUUCUCAGAUUUCAAGCUAGGCAUCUCCAUUCCAGUUCGAGGAGAGAGUAGUGACCUGCUUAAUGCAGAUGGCGAUAAAAACGAUUAUGACUGGUUAUUAACUCCUCCUGACACUCCUCUUUUCCCUUCGCUGGAUGAUGAGACUCCACCAGUUAAUAUUGCUCCAAGGGGCAGACCUCGAAGUCAGCCCAUUUCCAUCUCAAGAUCAAACACGAUGGAGAAAAGUUACAGGAACAGUAGAAGUAGUGCAAGUCCACAUCGGCUAAGCCCAUCCCCUCGGUCCAGCAAUGGAACAUUUCGGUCAAGAGGAAGGCCUUCUUCAGCUCCUCAUUCUAGUCCAACUCCUGGUUUACGGCAAUCUACACCAUUGCAGAGACCAUCCACUCCCCCAAAUAAACCUGCAACAGCUGCACCCAGGUCUUGUACUCCGACUCCCCGGAGGAUGAGUACAGGAUCAACUGGUAUUAUGGUUUCAUCUGGGAGAAGGGGAACCUCUCCUGUGAAGUCUAGUCGUGGGAAUUCUGCCUCACCGAAAAUGCGGGCAUGGCAAGCAAAUAUCCCUGGUUUUUCCUCAGAUGCACCUCCAAAUCUUCGUACUUCUCUAGCUGAUCGGCCAGCAUCAUAUGUGAGAGGGUCUUCACCAGCAUCCAGGAAUGGGAGCGAUGCCUCCUCAAAAUUUAGGAGGCAGUCAAUGUCACCAACUGCUUCUAGAAGUGUUAGUUCAUCACAUAGUCACGAUCGCGAUCGAUUCAGCUCUCAGAGUAAGGGUUCUGUAGCAUCAUCUGGUGAUGAUGAUAUAGACUCUUUACAGUCUGUCCCUAUGGGCAUCGCGAACCACUCAGCUAUUAGGAAGAUUGGGGCAUUUCCAAGUAGCAGAGGUCCAGCAUUUUCAAAGAAGCCAUCCAGAACGAUUUCCUCAAGUUCUGCCCCAAAAAGAUCAUUUGAUUCUGCACUUCGACAAAUGGAUCGUCGAAAAAGCCCUCAGAAUAUGUUCAGGCCACUCUUGUCCAGUGUUCCCAGUACCACCUUCUAUGUUGGGAAAUCAAACUCUGUACAUCAACCUAUGAUCUCUAGAAACUCCUCAGUCACAACUAGCAGUAAUGCAAGCUCUGAACAAGGGACCACUAUUGCACCUGAUAUUGAGGGUACUGACCAUGACCAUGACCGGGAUGAUAUAGCAAGUGAAUUGGGAAAUUCCCUGUAUCCUGAUGCCCAAGAAGAAGUAUUUGUCUUUGAUAAGGUGGAUGAGAUAAAUGAAGAUGUUGAACAUGAAACCAUUGAUGGAAAAACUAACAUCAAGCAGGCUGACUUCAAUAGAGGCACUACCCUUGAAGUACAAUCAGGUGAAUCUGAACAUUUUAGCAGUUCUAAUGCUGCUACUGCAAUUGCCUCAACUAAUUCUGAACCUAUCAAUGCUGAGAGUGAUCCCUUAGAAGUUGAUUGUCAUGAAAAUUUGUUAUUGUGUUCCAUAUGUGGAAGCAAAUUUCGCUUCGUUGAGUCUAUGGAAGGGAAAGAUGGUCUUUGUCCAGAUUGCAGUGAGCAAACUAGAUCUUGUACUCUGGCCAUUCCCAAAAACACAAAAUUUGUCUCUCAAAAUACUGUUACAGUUCAGUCUGAGAUGAAUGUGGGAGAAAAUAAAUCCUUUCAUGAAGUGAAGUUGGAAAAAGAAGUGCCAGAAUUUCAAGAAAGUCCUACCAGGUGUGGAACCAUGGCUGUUCAGUGUGAAAAUAAUAUCUUACGAGACAGAAGUUGCAAUUUUGAUCAAUCUCAGAGUUGCUUGCCAGACAAUUCUGUUCCAAGAUCAAUCAUGGUGAUGGAGGAAGGGAAGCAGCAUUCCAUAAAUCAGCAGGUGGUUGAUCAGACAACAGUUGUUUCCUGCCAAUCUAACAGUGACACUGCAGACAGGCAAUUUCAGCAUUCCAGUAACCAUUCCGAAGUAGUUGCUGAGAUGCCAGUUGGUUCCAGCCAGUCCAACAAUGACAUUGUAAACCAGCAGUUGCAGUCUUUUAAUAACCAUGCAAGCUUAAAAGUUGAUGUUUCAGAGGGUGCAGGUAUCUCUGUACUGCUGAAAAGAUCUAGUAGUAGCAAGUGGCCUGUUGUUCAAGGGAGGUCCUUCACUGCUACUAAUAUACCGUAUGAUGACCCCUCCUAUGCAAGAGAGAGUGUCAACAGUAUGAGGAGCUCAAUUGGGCAUGGCAGUGCUUCAGCAUCAUCAUCUGUUGAUUGGAGCUCAAGCAGACAAACAGAGGCUCGUGUCCAUAGGCAGUUAAGUGGCAGGAAGGCUGACCUGGAAAAUUCAAGGCACGAUUUAAACCUGAAACCUCACAGUACUGGAUCCUCUUCUUCUGGAAUCUCAAGUCAUGCACAUCAAAAUGCAUUCAUUGCCAAGAGCACAAGUGAAGAAACUUCUGACAUGUCUGUUGGUAAUAUGGAAUACGAAGCUGUUGAGGAGAUGCCACUAGUUUCUGAUGAGGAACACACAGAUUCAAAAAAUGCAGAACUAGAGACUCUGGAUUCAUCUGUUGUCAGGCCAUCUUAUUUUGAGGAUAAUAAGAUUGAGUGCACAGAAAGUUGCAGAACGGAGGAUGUUUCUGCCUCAGAAUUAUCAAGCUGUACACUGGGCAUUAGAUUGGGGGAUACUUCAAUAGCAGCAUGUCCAAUUGAUAAAGACUGUGUUUCAUCUGGGAUUGUUGAUGACUUCCCAAACAAAACAAGAAGUGUCUCAGAUAUAGAUGCACUAGCUAUCACUCCAGAUUCCUCUUUCAGAAAGGAGAUUGAUAUGCUGAACAGUGUCUGUAGCAUUGAUGAUGUUGAUGCUUCUGGUGAUAAUUCUCUAGUUACCAUAUCAGGAGAACUAGAAAAUGGCCACACACAAAAUGAUGAUGUUGUCUCUCCAAAUAUGAAGAGAACCAUUGAUGAAUCCUUGGAGCAUCCACUUGCCGUAAUGUUAGAGGAGGACAAACCCAAUAUGUCAGAUCAUUGCCAUGGCAUUCUUGAAGAAUCAACAAUAACAGUGGAGGGCCCAGGUGGUCACAAAAAGAGGAGCUUAACAUUGGAUGAAGCAACUGACACCAUACUCUUCUGCAGCUCCAUUGUCCAUAAUCUGGCUCACCAGGCUGCGAGCAUUGCAAUGGAAAAGGAGAACUCAGUUCCCCUCGAAGGUUCCCGCCCAACGGUUACCAUCUUAGGAAAAUCCAGUUCUGACACCAAGGGUCCUCGUGCUAGGACUGGCAGUAAACGCACACCAAAAUCCCAGAAAACCAGACAUAGGCGGGUGGAAUCAGACAUGGAGACAUCUCCAGGAAAAGUUAAGACUGAUGUAAAAGCCCAUGAAUCCCGGAUUCAUGGUGCCGAGUUUCCAAACAAGGUUGACAGCACAAAACCUCCAAAGCUAGAAUCCAAGUGCAAUUGCACGGUGAUGUGAUUGAGAACCGUCCAUAGUGUUCUACUCUCUCUCCUCCCCUUCGGCCCAUGUGAUGGUGCUAAUGUUUGUAUGUUGUAGAUUUUUUACACGUUUUGUGGGGCAAUUCACCCAGGAUGCCCCAUCAGUUUCUUUCUGUUUGUUCUCAUUUAUUUGUAAGAAAACACCACAUCAUGCUGGUGAUAUAAUCAUGUAAAGCUUUUAUUUGUCUUUGGGGUGAAUAUCACUACAGGAAUAGAGGUUUGUUUUUUUUCCCCUCACAUUACUGGAUUGUUUUUUGGUUCCCCCCUCUUUGUCACACUUCUCUUAACAACUGGAAACAAGUUUCAUGGCA